UAAGCUCUCGUUCUUUUCCCCCUUUUUGCGUGUAUUUUCCGAACCCCAUAAAAACCAACCAAGCAGAAAGAGUAGAAGCAAAAAGAAUAACAAAAAAAAAAAAAAAAAAAACCAAAAACCAAAAAACCCAUUUCUUCUCAAACCCUUACUAAGACCAAAAACGAAGAAUCUUGAAGUUUUAAGCAGAGCAAAAAUCGAUUAUCAUCACAUCAGUUAGGAUUAAUUUUUGCUUGUAAUUGUGUUUAUUUACCAGUUUGUUGAAGAUCUUGCUCCUUCAUACAAUGCUCUCCAUUUUGUCCUAGCAAAUACUUAUUACCAUAAGAAUAUGAAGAAGUAGAAAUAAAAUUUUAAUUGGAUUUUGUUGAUUUUUUGAGUUUAGCUUGUAAUUUAGGAAUUUUGGGAUUUUGGUAUUUUUCUUGAUUCACUUUUUUUUCGUUGAUAAAACGAAUAAAAAGUGUUGAAUUUAGACACCCUUUUGUUUUUUUUCUUAGUAAAAGAAGAGGAAGAAGUAGAAAAAAACAUUUUAAUUGGAUUUUGUUGAUUUUGAGUUUAGCAAUUGGAAUUUAUAUAUUUGGGUGUAUUUGGGGUUUUUCUUGAUUCACUUUUUUUCGUUGAUAAAACGAAGAAGUGUUGAAUUUGAACACCCUUUUGAUUUUCUUGGAGUUUUUGAUUAUAUAGAGACAUUGCUAUUUUUGUUGGUUUGGGUGGAAUUUUCUAGGGUUUUUUCAAUCAGAUCACUUAGUAAUUCUCAAGUGUUGGUUGUCAAUUUGCAUCUAAUUAGUGUUUUGAACAGUUAUCAGUGGCGAUUCGUUGGCGGAUAGCUUGUUAAUGGAACUGUGUUGGCAGGGGAUUUAACCUGGCAAUGGAAGAGGACUGUAGAUACUUUUAGAAUUUGUUAGCGGUUUACUUUGACGGAGUUUGGAAUUACUUUGGUGGAAUCUUGGUUGUUGAAUUUGAAGUUGAGAGGAAGUUGAAUUUAUUGGGAUUUUGGAUUAGUUUGAUUGAUUGAGUGAGUGAGGGGAUUAAAUGGAAGCGAACUGAAACUGGAAAGGAAUGUGGGGAUAUGGUGUAUGGACGGGAGUAUAAUUGCUGGUUCGUUCCGUUACUGGAACACUGCUGUGAGAAGUUAAUUGGAGAGUGUUUUUGUUUUAUCAACCGAGCAUUUUUAUCUCGGAGUUCAAUUUUGUGCAAUGUCUCGCUGCUUUCCAUUUACACCACGGGGAUAUGAAAAGGAGCCUAGACCAGAGGACAGUGACUUAUUAAAAGAGGAGAAAAGAAAGGAGAAAAAACAUAAAAAGGAAAAGAAAGACAAGGAGAAGAGAGAAGGUAAAGAAAAAAGGGACAAAGACAGAAGUGAUGGGAAACACAGAGAAAAGAAAGAGAAAAAGGAUAAACACCGAGACAAGGACAGAAAGAAGGACAAGGACAAAAAGAAGGACAAGGACAAGGACAAAGAGAAAAGCAGCAUCUCGGAGGAGACAAGAGUUGCCGUUCCACCUGGGGCUUCUAGUGGAGGAAAGCUUCAUGAGAGAGAUGAACAUAAAGAGAAGCAAAUUAGCUUGGAGAAAGGGAAAGAUGUACAUAAAGGGAAGCUGCCCAUUAAGACUAGCCUCUCUGCUGUUGAGGCAGAGGACUCAAAAUUUGUGCAGGAGUUGGACAGGAGGAUCAGAGAUGAAGAGAAGGGUGCGCAAAGUCAGUCGGGGGAGAGAUUUCCAGUUGAGUGGAAAAGAGCUGAAAAAUCAGACAGGGUGGGCAUCAAAGUUUUCGGAAAUUUGGCUGACAAGGAAAAGAACAAGGAGAAAGGAUCUGAUAACAAUAAGAUGGACGCGCAGGCGUUCAGGGGUGAACAUAUUGGAGCUAAUGCAAUACCUCCCAGCCCUACUAUGGCAAAAAGCAAUUUUGAAGGUAUUCCCCGACCAUUGGAAGAAAACUUUGGGAAGAAGAGAGAGGAAAAACAGAAACCUAAGGAACGACGUGAUGACAAACCAAGAGAGAAAAAUAAGGAUAAAGAAAGGGAAAAGCAGAGUCAUGGAAAGCAGAAAGACAAGGAAAAAGAGAAGAAAAGGGAAGAGAAAGCGAAGGAUAAAAGUGAGCACAAGAAAAGCCGGGAAGAUAAAUCAAAAGACAAUAAUAAGAACGAUUUCGUUGUGCGUAGUAACAAUAAAUUUCCGCUUGUUUCCAAGGAAAACAGUGCUGGUACAGCCACCGAGGGAAUUGCCAAAAAGCGAAAGAACGUUGAAACUAAUGGUUUCCUGCAUGAGAGUGAAGUCAGGCCUGCUAAAUUGCUGCGGCCCUCAUCCUCUCAGCAGCCAAUGCAGAAUGGAAAGAAAUUGGAUACUCACCCAAAAGCAGACUUGUUUUCCUCUAUUAAACAGGGAGUUGGCAGAGCUGCUUCUGACGUUAAAGCGGAAAGCAAGGAGCACAAGCUAAAUGGUAGUAUAGAAGGUCAGCCAUUGUUCGGUGUUAAGGCAAAGGCUUCUUCUGUGAUUCCUGGUGCUGAUCAGAUUGCUGAGGCAUCUAAAAAAUCACUGUUCAGUGUUAAGGCAAGGACUUCUUCCGUGGUUCCUCGUGCUGAUCAGAUUGCUGAAACAUCUAAAGAACCGUUGUUCAGUGUUAAGGCAAAGGCCACUCCCAUUCCUGGUGCCGAUCAGAUUGCUGAAACAUCUAAAGAACCGCUGUUCAAUGUUAAGGCAAAGUCUUCUUCUGUGAUUCCUGGUGCUGAUCAUGUUGCUGAAGCAUCUAAAAAACCGUCGUUCAGUGUCAAGGCAAAGGCUUCUCCCGUGAUUCCUGGUGCUGAUCAGAUUGCUGAAACAUCUAAAAAACCUCCUCAUCCCGAUUCCAAGUAUUUAAGCCAGAUACUUUCAGUUCCUAAGGUGGACGAUUGGUCUGGAUAUGACGACCAGGAAUGGUUGUUGUCCGGAAGCAAAAGAACACGUCCUAAGAGUGCUGAAACGUGUCUAGAUGAAGUCAGUCAGGAGCAUUGUGUAUGGUCUGAAGCUUUGCAGAUAGACUCUGCUGAUGUUUGUGCUCUGCCUUAUGUUAUACCUUAUUGAACGCUGUUAACAUGAUUUGACAUCAUGAUUUCCAACAACGAGACUCCUUCAGCAAUGCAGCAACGAAGCAGUUUUUGGUCGAAUUCUCUGUCACUCCUAUUAACUCUGGUGGUUCUGAUGGUGGCAGCUUGUUCUGCAAUUGUUUCGAGAUCUUGAUCAAGACAUAAAUGAUACAUUGGAAGACCAACGUUGAACCGUCCAAUACCAAUAGGUUGAUUGUUGUGCUCCUGUUUGUUCCCGAAGGAAAAAAAAAAAUCUCUGAGAGUCAUCAAUCAACGCGGAUGUACCUUGCAGUAACUUAGAUGGAGGGGCAAAGAGACUUACUGGCAUAUAGUUUCAUAAAUCCCUCAGGUAGAUCGGAUCGGAUUGAAACAUGACAAAGUGUGUCUAGGAAGAUGCAUAAGCUUGUGCAAGUUAAUUCUAUUUGCUUAGAAAAGCUUGGAAUGCUCUUUCUAAUUUGGGUGUAAAAGAACUAGCUUUUUAUGGUCUUUAUUACUCCACAAUUUUGAUUUGUAACAUAGUAUUACUAUAGUAGUUGUAAGAUAGAAGGGAUAAAAGGACAAACAAAAAGGGAAAAAAGGGAAGCUAGUUGCAUUCAUUUGAUUCACUGAGUUGCAAGGUUUAGAUUAUAAUUGAUUUCCAUUUUCUGGAGAAUAUCAUAUAAUAUAACAUGAGGUUUCAAGUUAAUUGAGAUGAAAAUUUUAUGUA